UGUCUUCGCCACAGUCACAUCCACACUCCCACUCCCAUCCACACCCACAUCGAUACCUUUAAAUAGGUCUAACAUUUUUCAUACAUACCUCAGUGAACUGGCUGUAUCGAUUGGCCAGGAGAUUUUGGUGUUCAUGGGUGUUCGUGCUUUGGGAAAAACAGUGGUCAUUGGGAAAUAUUCUACGAGUUCGAAGUGUUCUGGAAGUUCCUAGAAGUCUUAUAUUUCUAAGAGUAUUUGGGAGGUCCAAGGUUUCCAAGAGCUCCUAGGUUUCAAGAGUUCCUAGCAAGGGGGAAACGGCGGACUUGAAGUAGAAAAGUACGUCAAAGUACGUCAAAGUAGACUACUUGAAGUAGCUCAAAGUACCACCCAAGUAGCCCAAAGUAGGAACAAGUAGCUUAAAGUAACUUGAAGUAACUUCAGGUAAAUUUGAAGUUGAAAAAUACUUCAAAGUAAGCUACUUCAAGUAGCUGAAAGUAACUUGAAGUAGCUUAAAGUAGCUCAAAGUAACUUCAAGUCCAAAAGUCCGCCGUUUCCCCCUUGGUUCCUAGGGUUCUGAGAGUUCCCAGGGUUUCAAGAGCUUCUAGAGUUCCGAGGGUUCCAAGGAUUCUAAGAGUUUCCAGGUAUCCCAGAGUUCCUAGGGUUCCAAGAGUUCCAAGAGUUCCAAGAGUUCCCAGGGUUCCAAGACUUCCUAGAGUUCCCAGAGUUCCAAGGGUUCCUUAAGUUGCUAGAAUUCCCAGACUUCCAAGAGUUCCUACGGUUCUAAGGGUUCUUCAAGAAUUCCUACAGUUCUCCAAGAGUUCUGAUUUAAUGGAAUCCGGCCACGUCUCGUUUUUGCCCAGUACAACUAGCAAAAAAUUUUGAAUUUUUACUACUUCCGUGAGACAUUUUCUUAUACGCUCCAUCUACCCAAAUCUUAGGACAUUCGCAGGGCUUCUGAGAUAAACAAUUUAUUCCUCACAGAAUACAUCUUCACAAAUGAUAAAAAGAAACUAGAAGACCAGAUAGAUAUGACAAGAUUCAGAAAAAAAACCAGUAAUCACAUUGAUCAACUUACUACACUUGCCACCUUACACAACGCACUUUUUUUUCAGAUUAUUUUUAAAUUGUGUGCUGAAUUUAUACAAAGGAACAAUAAUAAAAGACUCCUACUUGGAAAAUGUGGCAAAGUUGUAUCAUAAAGAUGUUGACAAUAAGAUUUCUCACUGUUUUCUUUUCAACAUGCAUUACAUUAAUUAUUUUUUCAACCAGCAUCUUUUGCGUUAGUUGUUUCCAACUAGGGUGUUUCGCCGAAGAGCAAUAUUGACUUAGAAGUUAUUUUUCUUUCGUUCUAUGGUGAAGACAAAAUGGUAAUAAUCUCAUUUCUGAAGAAAAUUGGUAAAAAAAACUCAGACACUGGCUUGUUUUGCGCACUUAUCGAUGAAAAAGACAUUAAAGAACGCAAAAAAUCUACCUUAAAUAGAAUGAAACAAUGAAUAUAUUCACUUCAGAAAUAGAAACUAUUAUUUAAAAAAUGAGUUGUGGUUGUCGUAGGCCAACAAAUUGCUAUAAUGAUACAACACGAUAUAAAACUAUGAUUGUUUUUCAUACAAUUGAUCUGAUAUUUUUCAUUAUUCGAUUGAGUCUUGUGAGUAACGAUAUUUCGAAAGGUGAAUCUGAUACAAAGCGUUUUCUUAUACCUAUGCUAUUAUUUGAUUUAAUUGCAUCAGUUCCUGUCAUAAUAUGUAAUAUUAUUUAUAUGAUAAUGCGUUAUUGUGUUAAUGCAUUAGUUCACAAACAAAGUUCUUUUCAAUUUUUAUGGUAUGUUGGGACGAUGACCUGUGUUCGAUUCACUUGUCACAAUGAACGUCCACAAACCAUUUUACUGAUGCGUGUUAUUUUUAUUGUUUGUUCCUUUAUCUUAAAGUUUAUUUGUUUCGUUAUCGGUGCUUCCUGUUCUGCUCGUUUCAAAUCACAAUGUACUGCCUAUGCUGUCAUUGCUGCUUUUGCUCUAGUAUCAUCUGUAUUGGUUAUUAUUAGUGAGUUUAUUCAUUUUUUUCGUUUAUGGACUUACAAUCCAACUGAUAGAAGAAAUACAAACAAUAAAAACACAGUUCACAGUACUAACAUAACGAAGCAAAUAGAAAAAACUCAUCGACGUCAUCUUGGUUUUAUUCAUUAUUCAUUAUUAAAUGACCAAAAUGCUGACAGAUUUCGACAUUCAAGAUGUGAAAAAGGAAUUAAUUGUAAAUCGUGUAAUCUUCAUCAUUAUUUAUUGUAUCAUACACUUGACUCUGACCAUAACAUUGAUUUAGGAACAUUGUCAGAUGACGAAAAAAAUCUUUUAUUGCUUUUUAUGAAACAAAUAAACAAGAAGCAUUAGAUAUUGCUCAAAAUGGAUUCCCUUAUGGUGAUACUACUAAUGCAACAUUCAAAGAUUAUUUACAUCUUAAACAAACUAUCUUCUUUACACGUUCAUGUAAAAAAGGAAAUGAUUCGUCUGCAGAAGCGAUUAUAUGUGUUCGACUCAAUUUAGGACGAACAGAAACAAUAAACAAUGAUGAAAAUCUGAAUCUUAAUAAUUAUUUUGCAUUUAACGAUGGAAAGUGGGACACAGUUUAUGUAAGAAAUACACGUCGAUUUUAUCUUCGAAUGCCAGCUCAGAUUGAAAAAUGGAUCAUUGCAAUUAAUGCUAAUGUUCCAGUCAAUGACAAUUUAGAUGGCAACUUUUAUGUAGGUUGUCCUUAG